CCGCUAGCUGAGACCCCGAGACGCUACCCCGCCUCCCCCGUGCCUCAGCACCACGCCCACUGUGGGAGGAGCUCCGUCCUUCGCGCGAGAAGUCGCCUCGCCUCCCCUCUUCCUAGUGCGAAGUCUCGCGAGAAGCAGCUAAGGAGCCGGCCUGCAACCUGCCGGGGCGGCUCUAGUAGGCACAGCUGGUGGAGCGGCCGCCUCACACCUAGCACCGGAGGGAUCCGGUUGAGUAGGCGGAGGAAGCGUAGCGUCGCUCUCCCUCGUCGUAGCCCUUCUCCUCGACCCUCGGCGGACGUCUCGGGGGCCGGCAGGGCAAGAGUAAGCCAGUGCCCCGCCCCUUUCCUAUCCUCUUUGGGUCACCGCAGCGACAGCCCUAAGACGGCGCAUCACAAUAGGGCGGUUUAUCUGAGCAGGCUGGACCUCUGUGAGGGAGAAGGAAAUGGAACAUCUACAUUUCUAACUGGCACUGCCUCACGUGUUGCUAAGGGAGGAGUCGACCACACCAAAAUGAGUCUGCAUGGUGCUAGUGGGGGACAUGAGAGAUCAAGAGAUAGACGAAGGUCAAGUGACAGAUCACGAGAUUCAUCUCAUGAGAGAGCAGAGUCUCAGCUCACUCCUUGUAUUCGAAAUGUGACUUCACCAACAAGGCAGCAUCAUGUUGAACGAGAAAAAGACCAUAGCUCUUCUCGUCCAAGCAGCCCUCGUCCUCAAAGAGCAUCCCCAAAUGGCUCCAUGAGCAGUGCUGGGAACAGUAGCAGGAACAGCAGUCAGUCAAGCUCAGAUGGUAGCUGUAAAACAACUGGGGAGAUGGUGUUUGUGUAUGAGAAUGCAAAAGAAGGGGCUCGGAAUGUGAGGACAUCUGAGCGAGUGACCCUGAUAGUGGAUAACACCAGAUUUGUUGUGGACCCGUCCAUUUUCACUGCACAGCCAAAUACAAUGUUGGGAAGGAUGUUUGGAUCUGGCCGGGAACAUAAUUUCACACGCCCCAAUGAAAAGGGAGAAUAUGAGGUGGCAGAGGGAAUUGGUUCUACUGUGUUUCGAGCUAUUUUGGAUUACUAUAAGACAGGAAUCAUCCGUUGUCCUGAUGGCAUAUCUAUUCCUGAACUGAGAGAAGCAUGUGAUUACCUUUGUAUCUCUUUUGAAUACAGUACAAUUAAAUGUAGAGAUCUCAGUGCCCUUAUGCAUGAGUUAUCAAAUGAUGGUGCUCGUAGACAAUUUGAAUUUUAUCUGGAAGAAAUGAUCCUCCCUCUCAUGGUAGCAAGCGCCCAGAGUGGAGAACGAGAGUGCCAUAUCGUAGUGCUUACAGAUGAUGAUGUAGUUGAUUGGGAUGAGGAGUACCCGCCACAGAUGGGAGAGGAAUAUUCGCAGAUUAUUUAUAGCACAAAAUUAUAUAGAUUUUUCAAGUACAUUGAAAACAGAGAUGUGGCCAAAUCAGUUUUGAAGGAGAGGGGUCUUAAGAAGAUUAGAUUGGGAAUAGAAGGCUAUCCUACCUACAAAGAAAAAGUAAAGAAAAGGCCAGGGGGCCGUCCAGAAGUCAUUUACAAUUAUGUCCAAAGACCCUUCAUUCGAAUGUCCUGGGAGAAGGAGGAAGGAAAGAGUCGGCAUGUAGACUUUCAAUGUGUAAAGAGUAAAUCUAUUACCAACCUGGCAGCAGCUGCUGCAGACAUUCCCCAGGACCAGCUAGUAGUCAUGCACCCUACUCCUCAGGUGGAUGAGCUGGAUAUCCUUCCCAGCCACCCCGCCUCGGGCAACAAUGACCUUGAUCCUGAUGCACAGAAUCCAAUGCUGUGAUGCUGAUGUUCCUGAAACCAUAGCAUGCUACUCUUCACAGUGACGUCGUACUCCUCAUUCUGCACUGCGAGGCCACUUUUCUUCAUUGUGAGAUGCACAUGUUUAGGAUACUGCAGUGUAGGCUUUUUUAAAGACCAAAGGUAGCUGAAUGGUUUUUUAAUGAGUACAACUUUAGCAUCCUGGUUCCAGUUCUAUAAAUGUAUUUGUUUACCAGUAGGUUUGUGAAAUUGGUUCUUUGUAUGGGGACAGUCCUUUUUCACAUAUCUAGGUCUUCUCAGAAGUGAUGGGAAUUUGGCAGCUGGGGUACUUUCGGUGUAGAUUGAUAUUUAUCAUGCCCCAGGUAAGAUGCAGAAUAUUACAGAGUGCACUUUAUAGAUGGUGGUUAAAUGGAGCUGUUGAAGCCAUUUUAGAGCUGUGAUGCACAGUAUAACAUAAGUGCUUCUAUCAGAGUAUUCCUCAGUACAGUAUGUAUAGUUGGCCCACAACAAGCAAAAACAUAUUUAUCUUGGAUUUAUUUAAACAAUUAGGAUGAAAUUUGAUGCUUAUAGUGUUGGUUCACUCAUCUCCAGAGCCCUGCAGCCCCUUUAGAGUGAGUCACAUGCAGGGAGGGUGAACGUCAAGAGGUGGUUUACUGUCCAGUCUGCCUUAUCCUUAAUCUGUUCAUAUAUUUAUUUACUAAUGCUUUUUCUUAAGAGUUAUGGGAUAGGAAAACGAACUGUUUGCUCUUCAUUUACUAAAUGAUUGUAAACUCAAGUUUUUCAUCAAAAUAAAAUUUCAUUGUUUUAAC